GCAUCAUGACAACCCAUAUAUUAUUAAAUAGCAAUAUACGCAUCCUUGUAUACGUGGUAGCGUUCCUACACUUAGUGUUUGUGGCUACAAAACUGUUGAACAUAGAUUUCAGUCGCGCUGAGGACCCAAAACUACAUCCGUACUCACGACUCAAAUGGAAAUUGAUCACAACGUGGUUUAAUUUGGCGAUGAUGCCUUAUCUACUCAUCUGUAUCUACUGCGAGUGGCAAGAAAAUAAAGGAAACAAAAAAAAUUUAGCAUCUAUACGACAUUUAAUUUUUACAAGUAUAAUACUACCUACAACUGUAUUUGCUGAUAUUCUAUUUUGGCUGUUAUGGAAUAAGAACCGAGAGCUUUUGAUGCCUUUAUCAACUGAUAUUUAUAUACCAAUAUGGGCACACCACAGUAUGCAUACAGUAUCCUUGCUUUUUGUCCUCUUUGAGCUGAUAUCAGUCCCAAGGAAGCGACCAGCAAGUUUGACAAAAGGCAUCAGCAUCAUGAUUUCUUUCAUUACUCUUUACAUGCUUAUAUGCGUGGAGAGCUUAUGUAAAGGUGAUUUUGUAUAUCCACUUCUAAGGACAUGGUCUAUGCAGAAAUUAUUUGUUUUGAUUAUUUUUUCAUAUAUAUCUCACCUAUUUUAUUAUACGAGUCAAUGGCUUAUAGUGGAUAUAUUUUGGCGCUAUAUUUCCAAAGAUAAAACUAAGAGCAAUUGCUAUGCAAAAAAAACUCAAUUAAACCAAAAGCUUGGAAGACCCAUUAAUAGGGGCCAUCCAUUAAUCACGUGA